UUCUUGCAAAUUAUCAAAGUUCCACUGAGAAACUGAUUUUCUCAAAGUUCCUUUGUUUCAUUUCCUCAACUUUUUAGCCACUUCGGAGAAUUUCAUCUCCUAUUGAAAGUCCCUCACGACUGCUUCUGUAAAGGAAAACUAAUUAAACAGGUGAUUUAUCAAUGGCAGAUGAACGUACGUUGGAGGAAACUCCAACCUGGGCUCUUGCUGUGGUAUGCUUUUGUCUGAUUGCCAUAUCCAUCUUCAUCGAACAUCUCAUUCACAUGGUGGGAAAGUGGUUGGAUAAGAAACACAAGCGAGCUCUUUUUGAAGCACUCGAGAAAGUCAAGGCAGAACUGAUGCUUAUGGGAUUUUUAUCCUUCCUGUUAACGGUUUCACAAGGAUUGAUUUCUGAAAUUUGUGUUCCAAAGAGCAUUGGAGACUCAUGGCAUCCCUGCAGCAAAAAGGAAGAAGAUGAGAAAUAUCCAGGCAGUCGAAGACUUCUUUCCUUCUUGGAUCCAACCUCAAGCACUCGCCGAAUUUUAGCAGCAGCGAAGGAGGACGUAUGUGCGGCAAAGGGUAAAGUUGCACUGAUAUCUGCAUAUGGUGUUCACCAGCUCCAUAUUUUCAUAUUUAUAUUAGCUAUCUUUCAUAUUGUCUACUGCAUCACCAUCUUGGCUUUGGGAAGAACCAAGAUGAGGAAAUGGAAGGUUUGGGAGGACGAGACGAAGACCAUUGAGUACCAAUACUACAACGAUCCAGACAGGUUUAGAUUUACAAGAGACACGUCAUUUGGGCGUAGACAUUUGACCAUGUGGAGUGAGUCAGCAUUUAGCCUAUGGAUUGUUAGCUUCUUUAGGCAAUUCUUUGGAUCUGUGACCAAAGUUGAUUACCUCACACUGAGACAUGGAUUUAUCAUGGCACAUUUGGCACCUGGAAGUGAAACAAAAUUUGAUUUUAAUAAAUACAUCAGCAGAUCACUUGAAGAAGAUUUCAUAGUUGUGGUGGGCAUCAGUCCGAUUCUGUGGUUUGUUGCAAUGUUGUUCUUGCUCACCAACACAAAUGGAUGGUUUGCUUAUCUUUGGUUACCAUUCAUUCCCUUGAUUAUAAUUCUGCUGGUAGGCGCAAAGCUGCAAGUGAUCAUAACUAAGCUGGGACUGCGGAUUCAAGACCAAGGUGAUGUAGUGAGGGGUGCGCCGGUGGUGAAGCCGGGGGACGAUCUUUUCUGGUUCGGACGACCGCGGUUCCUUCUCUUUCUCAUCCACUUGGUUCUUUUUCAAAAUGCAUUUCAGCUCGCCUUCUUCAUAUGGAGUACGUAUGAAUUCACCAUAAAAUCUUGCUUCCACUACAGAGUAGAAGAGAUUGUCAUUAGAGUGGCAAUGGGGAUUAUCAUACACAUUGUGUGCAGUUACGUGACACUGCCACUCUAUGCUUUAGUGACUCAAAUGGGUUCGACAAUGAAACCUACAGUCUUCAACGAUCGAGUAGCGGCAGCGCUCAAAAACUGGCAUCAGGCAGCGAAAAAACACACAAAACAUGGCAAACAUUCGGAGGCGACAACGCCUUUUUCAAGCAGGCCUCAAACGCCAACUCAUAGAAUGUCCCCGGUUCAUCUUCUACAGAACUACCCCAACCGCAGCUCUGACAGUUACCAUCCGUCGCCGGCAAGGCCUUCCAACUUCGAUCACGAACGAUGGGACCCCGAGAGCCUCCAUUUGCAUUCACCUAACCACUAUGAAAUCAAUGAGUCUCACCAUCAUGGAGAUUCAACCGCCAGUGAACAAGAAAUGGUGGCAAAGCCAGUGCCAGAACCAGGCUCAAUGCAAUUGCCUCCAGGACCUGGCCCUAUCCAGACACAACACAAAAUCAAUAUGAGUUCUUCGGAAUUUUCAUUUGGUAAAUGAUUUAGCUGAUAAGUUGAAUUGGAUUUACAGUUGCAAGUUGAUAGUCAUCAUCAUGUGUUCAUUUCUUGUACAUGAUUUAACCAGGAGCCUAGAGCUAGCCUGCAUAAAAAUGACCUGUAAGGAUAAUUGGGUAUAAAUAUAAAUAUAUAGGUCCAGUUUAUACCUUCUCUUCA